AAAGCUAAACCCGGAUGUUUACGUAAAUCCUCCGAGAUUCGCGAGUUUCUGUCAUAAACAGUCAAGUUGCCUCUGACAUUUAUUGCUCGCUCCAGAAAUCUCGGUUUAUACGACAGCAAAUCCCUAAAUCGCAAGGGGGUGGACCGCUGACAUGAAAAUACAGAUAUGUGCUUUGAUAUUCCUUUGUCAAACUUAUGCUGAAAGUUUGUACCGAAAUGGAACCAAACCCAACAUCAUGAUGGUCAUGAGUGAUGCAUUUGAUGGCCGAUUGACCUUUGAUCCUGGCAGCAAAGUAGUUCAGCUGCCAUAUGUAAACUACCUCAGGGAGCUUGGAUCCACGUUCCUCAGUGCUUACACCAACUCCCCCAUCUGCUGCCCCUCAAGAGCAGCAAUGUGGAGCGGUCAGUUUGUUCACCUCACUCAGUCGUGGAACAACUACAAGUGCCUUGAUGCUAAUGCAACAACAUGGAUGGAUUUGCUGGAGGCGAAUGGAUACCUGACCAAGUCUAUGGGCAAGCUGGACUACACCUCAGGGAGUCACUCUGUCAGUAAUCGAGUGGAGGCCUGGACACGAGAUGUUCAGUUCCUCCUGCGCCAAGAGGGCCGGCCUGUUACGCAACUUGUCGGGAACAUGUCAACUGUGCGGAUCAUGAGAAAAGACUGGGAAAACACAGACAAGGCUACACAGUGGAUCCACCAGAGAGCUGCAUCCCCGCACCAGCCCUUCGCACUUUAUCUUGGCCUCAAUUUACCUCACCCCUAUGAAACCGAGUCCCUGGGGCCCAACGCGGGAGGAUCCACCUUCCUCACCUCCCCAUACUGGCUGACGAAGGUGUCUACUGAGCUCAUCUCUGUGCCUAAAUGGCUGCCUACCUCUGCCAUGCACCCUGUCGACUACUACUCCACCUCCACCAAAAACUGCAGUGGCGACUUUACUGAGGAGGAAAUCAAAAGGAUAAGGGGCUACUAUUACGCCAUGUGCGCUGAAGCCGAUGCCAUGCUGGGCCAAGUGGUUUCAGCUCUGAGAGAGACCGGCCUACUUGACAACACCGUUGUGAUCUUCACGGCUGACCACGGUGAGCUUGCCAUGGAGCACCGACAGUUCUACAAGAUGUCAAUGUUUGAGGGCAGCUCCCAUGUUCCCCUGCUGGUCACGGGGCCCGGGCUGAUGUCCGGCCUGCAGGUCAACGAGCUUGUGUCCUUGGUUGAUCUCUAUCCCACCGUGCUGGACAUUGCUGGUAUAUCAGUAAAAGGCAUUCUCAGUGGCCACACGCUCAUUCCGCUGCUGUCCAAGGCCCGCACUUUCUCCAGGAAGCGACGUCCAGACUGGGUUCUCAGUGAAUAUCAUGGUUGUAAUGUCAAUGCCUCCACAUACAUGCUGAGAAGUGGCCGGUGGAAAUAUAUCGCCUAUGCAGACGGACUGAGUGUCCCCCCGCAGCUUUUUGACAUAACACGGGACAAGGAAGAACUUCAUAACGUAGCUCUCAUACGUCCAGAUGUGGAGGCACAGCUGGACAAGCUAUUGCGUAGUAUUGUAGACUAUCCAAAAGUCUCUGCUGCUGUCCAUCUCUACAAUAAAAAAUCAUUUGGUGCCUGGCAAUAUAGUUUGGGGAGAAACUACAGCCAAGUCAUUGGUAACCUCAGGUGGCAUGUAGAUUGGCAAAAAGAUGCAUUAGCCAAUGAGAGAGCUAUUGACAACUGGCUCGCUGACUCUUUGUGAUAUUGUUGUUUUUUUGUGAUGAAUGUUGUUUUUUGUUAAUGAGCUGGACUCAACCUUUUUUGGACGAGGUGAGGGACAUUUAUGGAUGGCUCUAUGGCUGUUAAUGAUAUUUUUGCUCUAUUAACUAUUUUACACAUGUCCGACUGAUCGUAAAAUAUAAACAUGACAUGACAUUUUUUUAUUAUUUAAAUUGUUAAAAAUGUACCCGAAUAAAAUCAUAUUUAGCUCAA